CACCCCAUUUAUCACAAAUUAUAAACAGCAUUCCCUCCUCUGUAGCUACCACCAAGAUGGUUAAGCCAAUCCUGCUGUGUGCUUCUCUUUGCCUUAUUCUUCUCUUCCAUGGCUCCUCUGCUGGCUCUUCAUUUCAGCAGCAAAACGAGUGCCAACUCAAUAGGCUCAAUGCCUUUGAACCUGAUAACCGUAUUCAGAGCGAAGCUGGUACAAUUGAGUCAUGGAAUCCUAACCACGAUCAGUUCCGGUGCGCUGGUGUGGCUGUAACCAGGCACACUAUUGAACCCAGAGGCCUUCUGUUGCCAGCUUACAGCAAUGCUCCCCAACUCGUCUAUAUAGUCCAAGGUAGGGGUAUGUUCGGGGUCAUGUUUCCUGGAUGCGCUGAAACAUUCCAAGAAUCUCAACAAUCCAGUAGCAGCAGUAGACAACAAGAGCAGCACCAAAAGAUUCGUCAUUUCCGCCGUGGCGAUAUCAUUGCUUUGCCUGCAGGAGCAGCCCACUGGUGCUACAACGAUGGCAGCGAACCCGUUGUUGCUGUCACUGUUUUUGACACUGCCAACAACGCUAACCAGCUCGACAGGAAUCCCAGGAACUUCUAUCUAGCCGGUAAUCCAGAAGAUGAAUUCCAGAAACAAUCCAGACGCCCAGGUGAGCGUGAACAGGGACGAUAUUCCCUUAGCGGUGACAGCGAGCGACGACGGGGACCUUGCAACAAUGUAUUCUGUGGAAUGGACUCAAGGCUCAUCGCUGAAGCUUUCAACAUCAACGAGCAAUUGGCUAGAAAGCUUCAAAGCGAGAAUGACUUCAGAGGCAACAUAGUGCGGGUGGAAGGUGAUCUUCAGGUAACGAGGCCACCAAGGACUCAACAAGAGAGAGAGGAGCAAGAAGCGCGUGAAUAUGAAGAAAGCAGAGGACGUGAAAGAACUUACAAUGGCAUUGAGGAGACCUUCUGCACCAUGAGGAUGAAGGAAAACAUUGCUGAUCCCUCACGCGCUGAUCUGUUCGUCCCUGAAGUUGGUCGUAUGAGCACCGUCAAUAGCCAUAACCUUCCCAUUCUUCGGAGCCUCCGACUCAGUGCUUCCCAUGUUGUCCUCCGCAAUAAUGCUGUUAGAAUGCCCCACUGGAACACGAAUGCCCACAGUGUAAUAUACGCCAUAAGAGGUCAAGCACAGAUUCAGGUUGUUGAUGAAAAUGGCAACAGUGUCUUUGACGGCAACGUAAGGCAAGGACAGGUUUUGACAGUACCACAAAACUUCAUGGUAGUUAAAAGGGCAGAGAGUGAUAGAUUCGAGUAUGUUGCCUUCAAAACCAACGAUAACGCCAUGACUUUCGAUGCUGCUGGGCGCACUUCUGCUAUUAGAGCCAUGCCAGUAGAGGUCGUAGCCAACGCAUUUCAGGUGUCGGUGGACGAAGCCAGGAGGAUCAAGUUCGAGAGGCAGGAGUCCACUUUUGGUAGGUCCAGGACUCGCUCAGGAAGACGAGAUGUUGCUUAAGCAGGCAGUGUAAAAUUAAAUGAAGAGGCACAUACAUAGCCUUGUUUUGUUCUUGAAUGUGCAACUGUAAGGUCUAGAAAUAAAAGAGACUUCAAUGGUCUCUGUUGUUACUCUUAUGUAACUAGAAGACUUCUACUUGGCAAUAAACAGAUCUUUUCUUUCU